GAGAUAUCUUAUCUAUGAUAAUCAAACGGAUGGCGCGACGAAAAGCGCGUGGAUACCAGAGCAUACGAUAUAAAAGCGCGUAAAGAAGCGACCUACCGUGAUUUUUUUAUGGUAUCUCCAUCUAGCAGUGAAACAUCCUAAACAUGUGGCCGUGGAUGGACAUACUUUGUCGGUACAUAUCGGUGCUCCACGUGCAAGUUAUACACAGUUAUGUUGCUUCUAAUGUUACCAAAAUAAUAUUUUAUAAUAAAAUUGUUGAUUGCCACUUGAGAAAAUAGAUUCAUAUAGUGUCGAAACUACACGACUGUCUAGAUGGAUACGUUACAGUUAAGAAAUUUCAAGGACUUUCUUUUGCUCUACAAUCAAAUAUCCGAAACAUGUUUCAAAAAGUGUGCAAAUACUUUUCUCUCUCGAGAAAUCACCUCCGAUGAAGAUAUAUGUGUCAGUAACUGUGCACAGAAACACAUUUAUGCCAAUCAUAAAGUAAUGGAGAUAUUCAUGGAAGUACAACCUGUAAUGGUACGUAAAAGAAUGGAAGAAAUGAAUGCAGCACAAGCAGCAUUGGAAGAACAAAAUCAGCAACAAGCAGAACAAAGUGUACAAUAACACUUAUAUUGGUAAUAUAUAUGUGUUUAUUAUAUAUUUAGUUGCAAUGUUCUAGCAUGAAAGCAGAACAUUAAGAUAUAAUAUGUUAAAACAAAUGUAUAUAUGUAAAAGGAUGAUUUGAAAGAAAAUAUACUUUCUUUUGGAUCAUCCUAUUCGUGUAUAUGGAUAUUUAAACAAUACUGAUGGAUAUAAAUUAUAUCCACAAGCUUUUUAAAUGAUCAUUAUAAGUCAUCAAGUUCUUUAAUUGAUAAUUAUAAGUAAAUCUAGUUAAUCAUGCAAUGGAUGUUGCAUAAACUUACUUCUAUUAUUUUCUGUAAAUACAUUUUGUAAAAGAUAUUAAAGGAAAUAGUUAUACAAGUA